AUGCUAAAUGCGGCUAAGAAUCAUGAUCUUGACUUUGGGGUACCACAAUUUGAAUAUCUGAGCAAGCAAUGCAACUUCCCUUGGCUUUUGGCAAACGUCCUAGACCCUGCUCUUGGCGAAGACGUGUCUCUUGCCAAUUGCGCGAAAUAUAAGAUUAUCGAGUCGUCGAACAAGAUAAAAAUCGGUGUGAUCGGCUUAGGGGAGAGAGAGUGGCUAGAGACCAUUAAUUCUCUACCACCUAAUCUCAUCUACUUAUCUGCAUCAGAAACUGCCAAAAAGCUAGUACCUGAGAUGCGCGCUGCAGGAGCCGAAAUUAUUGUAGCUCUUACCCAUCAGCGUGAUCCCAAUGAUAUCAAGCUUGCAGAGAGAGUCCCGCUGGGUUUGAUUGAUCUCAUCCUAGGUGGCCACGAUCAUCACUACACCCACGAAUAUGUAAACGGCACACACAUAUUAUGUUCAGGCAGCGACUUCAAGCAGCUAAGCUACAUCGAAGCACGAAGAAAGGUCGGUAGUAAGUCAGGCUGGGAUUUUGACAUUAUCCGUCAUGAUAUCAAGCGAUCUAUUGCCGAGAGCCCAGAAGCUGCCAAAUUGGUCAACGAGCUCAACACCAACCUCAAGAAUAAGCUCGAACAGCCGGUAGGCCACACUGCAGUACCUCUUGACAGCCGAUUCUCAACGAUCCGAGCUCGAGAAAGCAACAUUGGUAAUUUCGUCUGCGAUCUUAUGCGGUUCUACUACAAUGCAGAAUGUGCAAUCAUGGCAUCGGGGACCAUUCGCGGCGACCAGGUCUACCCACCGGGCGUUAUCUUGAUCAAAGAUAUCUUGAACUGUUUCCCGUUUGAGGACACCGUAGUCGUCAUCAGAGUCACUGGUCAAGCCAUCCUCGAUGCAUUAGAAAAUGCCGUCUGCAAAGUGCCCGCACUCGAAGGCCGCUUUCCUCAGGUUUCGAACAUGCACUUCAGAUACAACCCCAAUCUACCGCCUGGCAAACGCGUUGUUUGGGCAAAACUCAAUCACGAGCCCUUGGAACUCACACGCAAGUACACCGUUUCGACUCGUGGCUAUAUGAUCCGCGGUAAGGACGGCUACACCUCCUUUCUCGCCCGCUCCGAGGGCGGAGAGGCAGAAGAGAUCAUCAACGAAGAAGAAGGCGUUCUCAUCAGUACUAUCAUACGACAGUACUUCAUGUCCUUGCGAGUCAUGGGCCAAUGGACACGCUGGUCCGAGAGCAUGAGCUCGCACUGGUCGAAGGUGCAUGAGGGUCUCCAUGCCGACAACAAGAUCAGAAAGCCAGGGACAAGCAGAGCAAAUAGUGUCCAAGAGGACGCAGAAACCAUGCACCAAUUUAUGGAUCGAAGCCCCAGCCCAACCCCGGCGGCAAAUCGACAACACACCGGUGCAGCAUUGCCUUUUGGAAUCAGCGGCGGAGGGUUCAAGAGGGAGAGGGAAAUGGGCUUGCUGAGGAAGUAUGUCCAUCGAUGGUUGACGAUCGCGAAAGUGGGCCGGCCGGCACAGGGACUUGUGGACGAGCAUGUUGAACCUUGGUUGCUGCCGUUUUGGACUAAUGCUAUUGCACCGAAGGUUGAGGGGAGGAUCGUGCUUGAUGAUGGGAAGGGUUGA